AUGUUUAGGCUCUUUCGCGUUCAGCUGCUAGCAGUAGCUUCUAGCUGGCGACUCUGUAGAUCAAGCUCUAAGUGGAAUCCCCUUCGUGGUCGGGUGGAUACCAUCACUGAGAACGACGAAGUUCCGCCAGUUGUUGCCGGUGCGGUCCUCGUUCAAGGUGACGGCCCUCUGGACGAGGACCCAUCCCUCUCACGGCCUCCCGACCUUUGCCUGGGUAGUCCCUCCAGGCACCUAGAUCGAGUCUUCGUGGCUACGUUUCUCGGAGUUGCCACCGGCCUUUGUCUUCUACCCACUACAUUUGCCUUCUACGCCACUUUCGCAUUGAUAUACGUCUGUCUGCUCUUUGUGAGGGGUGCACUCACACGUGUGGUGUGCUUUGUGCUCGCUUUUCCGAUUGGCGCGUCGCUUCGUUGGCUUUUUAACUGCGCCUCCAGUCGAACCACUCUCGUGCUGACCGCACCGGUUGUUGACUCCAUCCACGUGCCGUUACUUUCCCUAGAGCUUGUACAGGAUGGUCCCAGUUCAAUCCUCCAACGAGAAACUGUCUUCGACACUGCGAAUCUAUUUGAUCCCAGCCUAAGUGUAUACGAGGUCGUCCACCGGCUCAUUUUUGCCAAGCUGCUCCACUAA